AUGGGCACGGCGCUGGACAUCAAGAUCAAGCGGGCCAACAAAGUCUACCACUGCGGGGAAGUUCUUUCUGGAGUCGUGGUCAUAACAAGUAAGGACACAGUCCAGCACCAAGGUAUUUCAUUAACAAUGGAAGGAUCAGUAAAUCUGCAGCUUAGUGCCAAAAGUGUGGGUGUGUUUGAAGCUUUCUAUAACUCUGUCAAGCCUAUUCAGAUUAUUAACAACACUAUUGAAAUGGUAAAACCAGGGAAACUUCCCAGUGGCAAGACAGAAAUUCCGUUUGAAUUUCCACUGCAUAUGAAGGGGAACAAAGUCCUGUAUGAGACGUAUCAUGGUGUGUUUGUUAAUAUUCAGUAUACCCUACGGUGUGAUAUGCGACGUUCUUUGCUGGCAAAAGACUUAACUAAGACUUGUGAAUUCAUUGUCCACUCACUGUCACAGAAAGGGAAACUGACAGCAAGCCCAGUAGACUUCACAAUUACUCCUGAAACUUUGCAAAAUGUUAAAGAGAGAGCUUCACUUCCAAAAUUUCUCAUCAGAGGACAUCUCAGUUCUACAAACUGUAUCAUCACACAGCCACUGACAGGGGAGCUGGUGGUGGAGAAUGCAGAGGCAGCAGUCAAGAGUAUUGAGCUGCAGUUAGUACGAGUGGAGACCUGUGGGUGUGCAGAAGGUUAUGCCAGAGAUGCCACAGAGAUACAGAACAUUCAGAUUGCUGAUGGGGAUGUCUGCAGGGGCCUACCAAUUCCUAUAUACAUGGUGUUUCCCAGGUUGUUCACCUGCCCCACCCUGGAAACAACAAACUUCAAAGUUGAGUUUGAAGUCAACAUUGUUGUCCUUCUGCAUGAUGAUCAUCUCAUCACAGAGAACUUCCCGCUGAAGCUCUGCAGGAUGUAAAUAGCCAGAGGAGAAUCACUUCAGGAUUUACUGAAAAAGAACAGAAUUCUUGAGAGGCAAAGUGAAAUUUUAUCCAUGUCUUAUUUUAACUGAAAACACAUCACUUCCUUCUCCCUGCUGGGAGUUCCUGUGUUUUCAGUUCUCUAUAAUCUUGCUAAGACUUUGCCUGCCUUGUGAUAGCCUACAGUAUGUCUCUAUCCAGACAGCCUUGUCAGGGAUCUUUCUGACUUCAGCAACCACAUUUUCACCACUUAUUCUUGGACAAAUGCUGAAGGAAUGAUUCUCUGUAUUUCUGCAAUAUGUACAAAUACUCAGUUCCUCUCUUUACUUAAUUUUGUAAUAAUUGUUCUGGGUUCCUUUUAAGAUCUCUCAAACCUACUAAGUCCUGUCACACAUUGUGUAUAUGUAUAGGGGGAGGAGAGUAUGGGACUUGCAAUAUAAUACUGAAUAGGAUCUUUGAAGGUAAAAUAAA